UGAUCUUGAACAGGCCAAUAUUCCAUCCAGGCAUCCUCCGCAGCGCGAGGUUCUCAAGAUCCCGAUCACCGUAACGGAAACAAUCGAUUACGCACUCGUACAUCAUCUACGGACAUUGAUUACUUGUUUUUCGCGGUGAUUAAUUACGCGAGGGUCGUAAAAUCGAAGGAUAUAUUGUCCCGUGACUGGCGGACGUAUUUAAAAAAGGAGAAGCGGAGAAAAUCAAGCAAUCCGGUCCAAAAGGAAGAGAAUUCCACGAGAAGUCCACGAUCCAAUCUACGUACCUUUCAACAAUUUUUACCCGCUCUGUUAAAACGAAAUUAUAAUUAGUCGAAGAACGAAACAAAUAGACGCGAUGCGUAAUCUCAAUACGCAACAAAUCCUCAAAGACGAGGAGUGCUUUGAGAUAAUUCGCAAAAAGCUCCAUAAGGACUCCAUGGAGGAUUUCUCGCUGAUCACUUACGAAGUCGUGCCCAUAGACAAGGUGAACGGCUUCAUGGGCCAGUAUUUCACGCUAAAGGCUACCGUGGCGUGUCCGCAGUCGCCCUUGGAGACGAAGAAUAUUAAUUUCUUCACGAAAAUACCGCCACCGACCACCAGCCCUCAGUAUGACUUUAUCCAGCAAUACGGUAGUUUCAAGAAAGAAGUCGCUCUUUAUACUACUGUCUUCCCUGAAGUGUUAGACGGACCCGACAAAAGAUGCAUCCCAGAGUGCUUCCUCGGUGUGGAGAACGACGUGAUAGUCUUGGAGGACAUGGCCAACAGCGGCUACGAAAUGACGGACAAGUUCAAACCGUUUGAUCUCGAACACUGCAAGAUCUUCAUGAAGACUAUUGCCAAAUUCCACGCCAAGUCCUUCAUCUUCGAGGAGGUAUACCAGAAAAAUCUGCACGAAGAGUUCUCCCAUUGCAUGCAGGAGACUCUCUGGCCUCUCAAAGAUGGCCGUUCGAAAGCGAUGUUCGAGGCUGCUGUGAAGGGCAUCGUUUCCAUGGUGGAUGAGAUGACUGAGCUGAGCGAGGAUCAGAGAGAACAAUUCAAGAAGAAGAUGAUUGACUUGUCUGCUGAUCACGCGGGGAAACUGUUGCCAUCCUCCAAGCAUAAAAACGUUCUUUGUCAUGGAGACUUGUGGGCGAAUAACAUUUUGUUCAAAUAUGAUGAGGAGGAUAAACCUAUGGAGUGCUGUCUCAUCGAUUUUCAACUGGUCAGAUACAACCCACCUGCACACGAUAUUCUCUGCUUUCUGCAAUUCACAACGACUCGACAGCAGCGCGAGGAACGCGGCGAAGAAUUAUUCAAAAUCUACCACGAAUCAAUGGCGGACGCUCUGCGCGAAGCCAACCUAGAUAUUUCCCAAGUCUUCCCGUGGGACGAGUUCAUCGGAACUGUCGAAGACCUGCGACUCAUGUGCAUGAUUCACGGAGUUCUGAAUAUACCCAUCAUGCUACUGGAACCCAGCGCGGCCAGCAAGUACUUCGCCGACGAGCCACACCUCUUGGAGAACAUCCUCUACGUGGACAGAACGCCCCUAAUCUGCGAGCAGCUGAAGAGCGUGCCUGAAUAUCGGGCCAGGAUGCUGGAUGCACUUCUGGAGCUAUACGACCACGUGGCUGGAUAAAGCUGUUACGAAUUUUGGGACUUGUUUUGAGUGUAGAUAUCAGAGAUGCGAUAUACCGAUCCUAAUCGCUAACUUGAAACGUGAGCGAUGAGCACAGCGAGAGGCGGUCUAAAUAGUCCCAGACUAUUUUGCAGUGGAAUAAUAGUAAUCGUGAUAAGAGGCAGCCUGUUGCGUUCAACAUUUAGAGAAUGCGAUAGGAUUGAAUCCUUAGAGGUCCCUGUAUUCUUGUAGUCUUAUUUUUUAUUAGAUUUCCUUGUAGAGGUCAUGUCUACGUUAAUAUUAAAUUUUAGAUGAGCAAGAAUUUUUCGCGUUGCACAUUUAGGAAUUUAUAGUGAACAAAUUUCGGUCCAUCGUUGAGUUUUAUGUAUCCAGCCGUUGAUAUUCGACGUCGUUGAGUAUACAACAGCGAUGCUAUUGUUAUCUGUCGAGGACUGUGGCUCGAUAAUAAAAAUAUUGUCCAAUCA